GUCAGCAGAAGUUUGUCUGAGUUCAGGCCUGGCCUUUCCCUUGUCAGUUUUACGUUCGUACGUGAUCCUAGCAACGGUCAGUUAAUCUUCUAGCACAUUUAGCGAAUCUGAAUGGUCGACAAAGUUAACCUAGACGGUUUGGCACCGUGAAUUUGAGCGUUUAUUUUAGAUUCACAUCUAAUCUAGAUAGUUCUUCGCUGGGGGAUCUUUCAAUCCUUCGCUGGGCGUCAGUUACAGAUCCGACCUUUUCGCAAGAUCUCGACAUUAUGAACGGAGUCGGAGCCGGUGCUGCUCAGGUGGGAGGGGGUUUCGGUGGUCAGGGUAGACCGGAUUUCCCGCGCGCUUCAGCUGUCGACACUCAGGGAGAGAACGUUCAGCGAAGCUUCUUCGACUUCCUGCAGACAACGGAGCAGAGGGUUGACGAGCAGGAGGAGGAGGAGGACGGGCCAAUGGUGCGCGAGUACGUGGCGCAGUUAAGGUCCAUGGUGCAGUACGGCAAGACGAGCAUGUACGUCGACUUCGCCACGCUCAUGGCGCACAACCAGGCGCUCGCCACCGCCGUGCUUGAGGAAUUCUACAGGUUUGAGCCGUUUCUGCGCAAGGCAGUGCAGAUGUUUGUGCAGGUGCACGAGCCCAAGUACGUGAUGGACGAGGGCAAACCCAAGGAGUUCUACCUCGCCUUCUACAACCUCCCCGUCAUCCACAAGCUGAGAGAUAUGAAGGUGGAAGUGCUAGGCCAGCUAUCUGCAGUCAGCGGUGUGGUCGUCCGAACCUCCGAGGUCCGGCCGGAGCUGCUGUACGGCACGUUCCGAUGCUUGGAGUGCGGCUCAGUGCAGCGGAACAUAGAGCAACAAUUCAAGUACACGCAGCCCAUCAUAUGCAGUAACGCAGCGUGCUCUAACAGAGAAAAAUGGGCCCUAGAGCGCACAGAGUGCCAGUUUGUGGAUUGGCAGAGAGUCAGAGUACAGGAGAACGCAGACGAGGUUCCUCCAGGGUCCCUCCCCGCACUCUAGACGUGAUUCUCAGGCACGAGUUAGUCGAGCAAGCGCGUGCCGGCGACAAGUGCAUCUUUUCAGGGACUUUGGUGGUUGUGCCUGACGUGGCGGCGUUGA